ACCAACCCGAGCCAAGACCAAGACCAGAAACAGCUGACCGCGAUAAACAAACCACUCUGGAGGCCUUUAUCUUCCCUCUGACAUAGUGAAAAGCCCCCAAGAGCACUGAAGGAGGAGAAAGGGGCAACAUGGAGUCAAGAGGUUCCUGCAAGUGGACCAGAAAUAUACUAAAUGAACUUGACAUCAAUCCGAAGAUCAUAGCGCAAGCUGAGAAAGCUGGCUACGUCUCAGCAUCCAGUAUUCUCGGAGCCUCUCAAGCUGAACUGGAAAUGAAGCUGCGUCUGUCCUCAUUCCACAUCACAAACUUUCUAGAUGCUGUUGUCUCCUAUGUCCUCCCCAAAAAGCUCACAGCCUGGGAUUUGAGCCAGGCAGGGGAGGAGGAGCCCAAGUACAUUACCACAGGAUGCCAGCACUUGGAUGACUUUCUGGGUGGUGGUGUGCCGGUGCGGGGCAUUACAGAGGUGACUGGCCAGAGUGGGAGUGGCAAGACCCAGCUCACUCUGCAGCUCUCCCUGAGUGCACAACUUCCACCUGCUUGUGGUGGUCUGGGGAAAGGUGUUGUGUAUAUCGGCACCGAGUCCACAUUCCCUGUGACAAGGCUUCAACAGAUGAUCAAAAACUUCAAGGACAAAUACAGCCAAGGCCCAGCAUCAUACACAGACAACAUCUUUGUACACCACAUCCCAGACAUGGACACCUUAGUGGACUGUGUUCGCUACCAGCUCCCGAGCUUGUUGUCGCAGCAUCCCAUUGGUCUGGUGGUGAUUGACUCCGUGGCCUCUCCAUUCAGAGUUGAGGAGAGCAACUUUGAGAACAAGGACCUUCUCCACACGCUGGGCUACAAGCUUCACCACAUGGCUGAAACUCUUGGUAUUGCUGUUGUUGCCAUUAAUCAGGUGAGAGCUGCCAUGGACAAUGAUGAUUUAUAUGGGCAUCAAGGCAGUGUGGUGCCAACCCUGGGGCUCAGCUGGGCCAACCUAGUGACAACCCGGCUCAUGAUAAGUCGCACUGGUUCUUAUGUGCUCGGGAAGACUGAAGGAGGCAGCAAGUCAGCUCAGAAAGGGUCCAAUAAGAUGGUAGUGCAGUUCAACAUCAGGAAGCUUGAGGUGAUAUUCUGCCCAUGGCUGGAGAAGAAGUCAUGUCAUUUUGUGGUCACCAACAAGGGCAUUGAGGAUGUGGAAUGAACCUUUGUGAGAGUUUGAAAGAUCUGACUUCAUUCCAUUCUGUUCAUAAGUUUCAUAGAUCUUGCUUCAUUCCAUUCCCUGCAGGAGUUUGACAGAUCUUGCUUCAUUCCAUUCCCUGCAGGAGUUUGACAGAUCUUGCUUCAUUCCAUUCCCUGCAGGAGUUUGACAGAUCUUGCUUCAUUCCAUUCCCUGCAGGAGUUUGACAGAUCUUGCUUCAUUCCAUUCCCUGCAGGAGUUUCAUAGAUCUUGCUUCAUUCCAUUCCCUUCAGGAGUUUGGCAGAUCUUGCUUCAUUCCAUUCCCUGCAGGAGUUUCAGAUCUUGCUUCAUUCCAUUCUCUGAAGGAGUUUGACAGAUCUUGCUUCAUUCCAUUCCCUGCAGGAGUUUCAAAGAUCUUGCUUCAUUCCAUUCUCUUCAUCAUCAUAGCUGUUCAUGUUUUCUUUUUGCUGAAUCCCAGAUGUCACGUACAGUUAUAAUUUCUAGAAUACGGAAUUACAUCAUAUUUUCUUGUAUCUCAUCAUAUUCUGUCUUUGCCUGAUGAAUUUCAUGCAGAAAGUUCAUGUUCAUACAAUUUACAACUACACGUACACUUUGUCUCCUUAACCCUCUUUUUCGUGGAAGUCGUUUUAUCCAAGUAUUACAUUAGAAUGAGUGUGAAGUUAUGAGGAUUUUGCAUAAGUGGGUCACCCUAAAUUCCUGUUUCAAUUCCUGUUUACUUGAUGGGGCGUAGUAUAGCCUUUGUAACGGGAAUUUUCUCAUUAUUUUCCUAUUUUUAUGCGGUAAUUCUGUUCUAUCCUCAGUGUUCUUUUUAUAUUGAAAUAGAAGUUUAUACCUAUA